AUGACAAGCCCAUGCACUGAUAUCGGUACCGCUAUAGAGCAGUUCAAGCAAAAUAAGAUGAUCAUCGUCAUGGACCACAUCUCGAGAGAAAACGAGGCCGAUCUAAUAUGUGCAGCAGCGCACAUGACUGCCGAGCAAAUGGCAUUUAUGAUUCGGUAUUCCUCGGGCUACGUUUGCGCUCCAAUGACCAAUGCGAUUGCCGAUAAGCUAGACCUACCGCUCAUGAACACAUUGAAAUGCAAGGCUUUCUCCGAUGACAGACACAGCACUGCGUAUACAAUCACCUGUGACUAUGCGCACGGGACGACGACAGGUAUCUCCGCACGUGACCGGGCGUUGACCUGUAAUCAGUUGGCGAACCCGGAGUCCAAGGCUACCGACUUCACGAAGCCAGGCCACAUUGUGCCAUUGCGUGCCCGUGACGGCGGCGUGCUCGAGCGUGACGGGCACACCGAAGCGGCGCUCGACUUGUGCAGACUAGCGGGUGUGCCAGAGGUCGCUGCUAUUUGUGAAUUAGUAAGCGAAAGGGACGUCGGGCUGAUGAUGACUUUGGAUGAGUGUAUAGAAUUCAGCAAGAAGCACGGUCUUGCCCUCAUCACCGUCGAUGACCUGAAGGCUGCAGUUGCCGCCAAGCAGUAG